AUGCUUGAAUUGCACGAGCGCUAUGGAGAUAUCGUGCGUAUUGCCCCCGACGAGCUUGCAUUCUCCCAUCCUAAUGCAUGGAAAGAUAUCUUUGGCCACAGGAACGGAGAACCAGAGAUGGCGAAAGCCGCAUGGUUCUAUCGCGCAGUUGAUGAGCCUCUUCAUAUUGCCAACGAGGAUCAUAAUGAGCAUAGACAGUUGCGCCGGCAGAUGGCUCAUGGAUUCUCCGACAAAAGCAUGAGGGACCAAGAGCCUCUGAUUAGGAAAUAUGUUGAUCUCUUAAUAGCGAAACUCCACGAAAACUGCAGAGCUGGUCCCUUGGUGAUUUCGGAUUGGUAUAAUUUUACUACAUUCGACAUCAUUGGGGAUUUAGCCUUUGGGGAGCCCUUUGGAUGCUUAGAAGGUUGCAAAUAUGAUCAAUGGAUCAAAGGGAUUUUCGAAGCAGCAUAUUUGGGAUCAUUUUUACAAGCUUUGACGUUUCUCCCUUUAUUGAAAAGCACUCUCAAGUCCCUUGUUCCGAAAUCGAUGCAAGAAGCCCAUCAGAAACAUAAAGAUGAGACAAAGGCUAAGAUGCUUCGUCGGGCUGCUAUCACGGAAGAGCGACCAGAUCUGAUUGAGCGCUUGCUUAAGAAUAAAGAUGAGCUUAAUCUUAGCAUUGGAAAACUGAUCUCUAACGCCGAAAUUCUGAUUAUCGGAGGCUCCGAGACCACUGCAUCACUACUGAGUGGGGUGACCUUUCUAUUACUACAGAAUCGUGAUGCAUACCAGAAAUUGAAAGAUGAAGUUCGCUCAACAUUUACGAGUCAGGAAGAGAUCACUUUAAUCAGUGUAAACAAGCUGCCAUACAUGUUGGCCUGUCUCGACGAAGCGCUGCGCAUGUAUCCACCUAUUGCCAAUGGUCUUCCACGUGUCUGUCCCAAGAAUGGGUCUAUGGUUCUAGGUGAAUUCAUACCGGAGAAUACUAAUCUGUCUAUCCACCAAUGGGCCUUGUAUCGCCGCGAGAAGUACUUCAAAGAUCCCAACACAUAUCAUCCAGAGCGCUUUUUAUCAGAUCCGGAAUUUAUGAACGACUGCUUUGACGCAUUUCAACCAUUUCACACUGGCCCAAGGAAUUGUCUAGGAAGAAAUCUCGCAUACAGUGAAAUGCGCCUCAUUCUUGCUCUCGUUGUGUUUAAUUUCGAUAUGCAACUUGCAGAAGAAAGCAGCGACUGGAUCAAACAAAGGAAUUUUCUUAUGUGGGAGAAAGGCCCGUUAAAGGUGCAUUUGACACCAAGAGCUAGUACCACAGGGAUCUUUUAA